CGCCCCGUCCGCAGUCGGAGGCGCAGCCGCGCUCGGAGCUCGCGGGCGCCGAGUCGCCGCCGUCGCCGCCGCCGCCAGCCCGCGCGUCCUUCCCGGCGCGUCCCCGCCGCGCUCCGGCCCCUGCAGCCCGCCCGGGGCGCGCCCGGCUGCCGCGGGCAGAGUCCCCGCCGCCGCCCCGCGGCGAUGGCCACCAAGAUCGACAAGGAGGCUUGCCGCGCGGCGUACAACCUGGUGCGCGACGACAGCUCGGCCGUCAUCUGGGUGACUUUUAAAUACGACGGCCCCACCAUCGUCCCCGGCGAGCAGGGAGCGGAGUACCAGCACUUCAUCCAGGAGUGCACAGAUGACGUACGGCUGUUUGCCUUCGUGCGCUUCACCACCGGGGACGCCAUGAGCAAGAGGUCCAAGUUCGCCCUCAUCACGUGGAUCGGCGAGAACGUCAGCGGGCUGCAGCGCGCCAAGACCGGCACGGACAAGACCCUGGUGAAGGAGGUCGUCCAGAAUUUCGCUAAAGAGUUUGUGAUCAGCGACCGCAAGGAGCUGGAGGAGGAUUUCAUCAAGAGCGAGCUGAAGAAGGCGGGCGGAGCCAAUUACGACGCCCAGACGGAAUAGCCCCGCCCUCCUCGCCAGAGUCAUCGCCUGCUCCCCGGGGGAGGGGACCGCCGGCCUCGGCCACCAGCCCACCAGGCAGAGGAGAAGCCACGAGAGGCAGCGCCCGCCACCCCGUGUCCGCACCCCAGACCCCUUCCCGCUUCCCCGUCAAACCCCGCUGCGUCCCAUCUCAUGAAGCUCAUGGAAUAUCUUUCUUUGAUCUUUUUCUUUCUCCCUCCUUCUUUUUUGUUCUAAAGAAAAAUCAUUUGGAUGCCAAGGUCCUGCAUGUCAUCAGAUCGCAGGGGCCUACAGUGGUGACCACUUUUCCUGACAUUUCUCUUAUACGCGACGAGGCCUGCCCCGUGGGCUUCGCCACCACCUCGAGUGGCUUCCUCAGCCUGGGCUGGGGCCGCCACCUGGGUUUCCUGCUGCUCAGCCUCCCGGUCACCGCCGAGCUGCGCCGCAACUGCAGCCUUCAUAAGCACACGCAUUUAUCCCGCGGGGCCACCGCAGACCUGCUAGAGUUGGCUCCGGGUCACCUGGCCCCACUCAGAGUUGCCUGCGCUACCUGUUCGACAAUAGCGACAGCAUUGCUGGGUGGUGACAAGUGUAGGUCUGGCCCGGACCGAAUAAGAUAAAAUUUGCCUUAAAACUUGCCUGGCAGGGGCUUUGCUGCAUGGUCUAAAACCCCCAUUCCCACCCUUGUGACUGAGAUUUCCUUGUGGCUUGGAAAGGAGGCAAAGUCUGAGUCCAGAGUUGACAGGAGGAAUAUUUCAGGGAUAACCUCAGGGGCUCUCAAAGUGACGAGAUGUUAGGGAGAGAGGCCCAGGGUGGGGAGCAGGAAUUUAGGUAGCACUGAGAACCGAUUCUGUCCCUUCGGCGAGGUCCCUGCGAGCAGUGGGGAUGGCACUCACGGCCACCUGGGAGUCUGUGGUUUCAAUCCUAGACCUGCGCCACAAACGCAAAAGGAUUUAUUUUGUUUUGUUUCUAAAGAAAGAUGAGAUUGGCUUGGUUCUUCAUGAGCGCAUUUUAUAUAGUUCUUUUUCUUUUUUUCCUUGCUCAUUUCAUUUUGGGGAAGAAAUCUGUACUGUAUUGGGGUUGUGAGGAACAUCUCUGCACUCAAACAGUUUACAGAAAUAAACGUUUUUUUGUUUUUCAAAAA